AUGGGAAGGAGCGCCUCCCCGCCGGGGUUGAGCCCCGGGAGCCCCGCGGCGAGCCCCGGCCCCGCCGGUCGCUCCGACACCCCCUCGCCGCGGGGGCCCCCGGCCGCCGCCCCCCUCGCCCCGGCCGGCUUCGUCCCUAAGCCCGGUUUGCUGCAUCUCCCCGGCCCCGGGCUCGGCGCCCUGCCGGCCCUCUACCCGCCCGCCGUGUACCCGCUCCCGGCCCUGGGGGGCCAGCACCCCGCUUUCGCCUACACCGGCAUCCCCCACCUGCCGCCGCCCGGCGCGGAGCACCUGAAGGCAGCCGUGGCCGGCUCCUUCCCGCUGGAGCACUGGAUCCGAGCCGGGAUGCUGGUGCCGAGGCUCUCCGACUUCCACGCCGCCCCGCAGUCCGGCUUGAUGGGGAAGUGCCGCCGGCCCCGCACAGCCUUCACCAGCCAGCAGCUCCUGGAGCUGGAGAACCAGUUCAAGCUCAACAAGUACCUCUCCAGACCCAAGCGCUUUGAGGUGGCCACAUCACUGAUGCUCACCGAGACGCAGGUGAAGAUCUGGUUCCAGAACCGCCGCAUGAAGUGGAAGCGGAGCCGCAAAGCCAAGGAGCAAGGGGCUCAAGUGGAGGCCGAGAAGCAACGAGGGCUCGGCAAAGCCUGUGAGAAGCUGCUGCCCGGCGAGGCCCAGGGACAAGCUGCCGAAAGCCCCGAGUUCAUGGGGCACGGCCCCGGCUCAGGCUUCCUGCACCGCAGCACUGCCGAGCUGGGCUACAGCCCGGACUCCUCCUGCUCGGGGGCUGAGGAGGAGGAAGAAGAGGAGGAGGAGGACGAGAUGGGCUCUACAGAGAGGAAGAUCGGCUCCGUGUUGUGAAAGGCAGAUGAAGCCGGCCGGGGAGAGGGGCUGGGCUGCAGCGUCGGGGGUCUCUUUGCUGGCAGACACAGACUGUGCCCAUGUGGAGCAAGGGGGGGCUGCAGGGCACCUGCCCCCCCUUUAACUUAUGUGUGUUUGGAUCCUAUUUAAAUCGUAAUUAUUCUUCUGUGUGUAUCUGGGGGAGUCCCCACAUCCUUCCCCUAUAAAGCUGUU